GGCAGUUCAUUGGGUGUGAUAUUGUUAAGUAUCAAUUUAUAUCUUCUUUGCAAGUAUCUUAUGGCAAAAGAUAUUUACAGUAUGAGUAUAUCAUUCUUAUAUAUUGUUACUCAGUUUUGCUACAUGUUUUUUUUUAACUACAUGGGUCAACAAGUAAUAGAUUAUAGCAACAAUAUAUUUAAAAAAACAUAUAACACUCGAUGGUACGCGACUCCAUUAAACACGCAAAAAUGCCUCAUAAUAAUAACGUAUCGAAGUAUGAAGACUUACACAUUGACGAUCCGUUUUGGACUAUUUGUGCCAUCUUUGGAAGGUUUUGCUUCGCUUAUCAGCAGGUCAUUAUCAUACUUUAUGGUACUUUAUUCUUUACGCUGAUAAUAAUCACAGAAUAUAACAAUACUCAACAAUUGUGACCGAUAAAUACUUUCGUGAAGAAAGUGUGCGUCAUGUUAAAUAGAACAUCUCUGUACCAUCAGGAACUUUGA